CUGCAUAAUUACACUGACACCAAAAUUACCAAACGGCUCUGAGGUGGUCACUUUUUAGGAAACUAGAAGGAGAGGCACACGGAACACGGAAGACUCAGGGUAACCCUCGGAGCCCUAGCACGAGCGCAAGCCUCCCACCCUUGUCGCCGGACUUCCUAGCCUGUUUCACCGGAGAGUCGGAGAUAACAUCCCUUCGUUUCCGCUUCUUCGUUUCUCCGGUGGAAGUGCUUGAAGCCCCGAAGGCCAACGAGUCGUCGAAGGCCAACCAGGUCUUCCUGCGUCGUUUGACUUCGAGCCCAGCCGCCGCGGUAUUGAACCACUCAUCUAUACUGAAAAUUUGGUGGAAAACUCAGAAUAUGCUGAUAGUUCUUCACAUUCUGUAUUGAUCAAGCUUGCCUUCUUAGCUCCAUAUAAAUUUGCUUCCACAAAAAAAAUGCUGGGCUCAUUGCCAAUAUUGCCUCUUCCAGCCCCUCCCUCUGAUGGAAAUCUAGGUGUUCUUCCUCCAUCUCAAGUGCAGGAGCCACAAAAGGAUGAAAAAUCAGAAUCCGAGGAUGAAAACAAAUCAAACUCAGUUCCAGCUUCAAUUGCAACCCACACGAGAACUAUUGGAAUCAUUCAUCCUCCCCCAGACAUCAGAAACAUAGUUGACAAAACUGCACAGUUUGUUGCGAAGAAUGGGCCUGAAUUUGAGAAAAGGAUCAUUGUCAAUAAUGCUGGAAAUGCAAAGUUCAAUUUCUUGAAUGCCUCUGAUCCUUACCACGCAUAUUAUCAGCAUCGCUUGUCUGAAUUCCGUGCACAGAAUCAAACUGCUGCAGUGCAGCCUCCCCUGCAGCCUGCAGAUUCUUCUGUUUCUGAGUCUGCUCCGCCUGCUCCACUUGCUGAUGCGAAUGAAGCAACUGUAAAGCCUGACCCCUCUGCUCAAUUUAGACCUGUACACAAAGUUCUUGAACCUCCAGAAGCUGAGCAGUACACUGUUCGUCUUCCGGAGGGAAUAACCGGGGAGGAGUUGGAUAUUAUUAAGCUCACAGCACAGUUUGUGGCUAGAAAUGGAAAAUCAUUUUUGACAGGAUUGACAAGUAGAGAAAUUAACAACCCACAGUUCCAUUUUCUGAAGCCAACCCACAGUAUGUUUAUGUUUUUUACUGCACUUGCUGAUGCAUAUUCAAAAGUGUUGAUGCCUCCAAAGGGGUUGACAGAGAAGCUGAAAAGGAGUGUUACUGAUAUGACUAUGGUGCUUGAACGGUGCUUGCAUCGGCUUGAGUGGGAGCGUUCGCAAGAGCAGGCAAGGCAGAAAGCUGAGGAUGAGAUAGAGCAGGAAAGGAUGCAAAUGGCAAUGAUUGAUUGGCAUGAUUUUGUUGUUGUUGAAACAAUAGACUUUGCAGAUGAUGAGGAUGAGGAUUUACCCUCUCCAAUGACCCUUGAGGAAGUUGUAAGGAGGAGCAAGAUGUCAGUUAUGGAAGAAGAAGAGAUUGUUGAGCCUGGAAAAGAAGUGGAGAUGGAAAUGGAUGAAGAAGAGGUACAACUUGUAGAAGAGGGCAUGAAGGCAGCUAGUCUUGAAGAGAAUGGUGAUGAGAAGAAGAGUGAGAUAAAGGCAACUUCCGAGGAACCUGAGCCACCAAUGAGAAUUGUGAAGAACUGGAAGAGGCCUGAGGAGAGGAUACCAGUGGAAAGAGACCCAACAAAUUUUGUUGUUUCCCCCAUAACUGGGGAGUUGAUCCCUAUCAAUGAGAUGUCUGAACACAUGAGGAUCUCUCUCAUUGAUCCCAAGUACAAGGAGCAGAAAGAAAGGAUGUUUGCUAAGAUUCGGGAGACAACUCUUGCUCAGGAUGAUGAAAUCUCUAGAAACAUUGUGGGACUUGCACGAACCCGUCCUGAUAUUUUUGGUACAACUGAGGAAGAAGUCUCGAAUGCAGUUAAAGCUGAGAUUGAGAAGAAGGAGGAUCAGCCAAAGCUGGUAAUAUGGGAUGGUCAUUCUGGAAGCAUUGGGCGCACUGCAAACCAGGCAAUGUCUCAAAAUAUGAUUGGUGAAGAUCAAAAUGAUGCUAAUAACGAUGCAAGGGCCCUUCCUGGUCCUGCAGCUCUUCCUCCUAAACCUGGUGUGCCUUCAGUCCGCCCUCUUCCCCCUCCACCUGGAUUAGCUUUGAACCUUCCUCGUGUGCCACAAAACACGGUUCAGUAUUCUGCUCCAAGUAGUAGUGGGGUCCUUGUGCCUCCGCCAAGACCACCAGUUAUCACAAUGAUGUCAUCGGUUCGGCCACCACCUCCUCCAAUGCCAAUUAGUUCUGGACAACAACCUGUUUUGAUGAAUCGACCACCCCCAGUGCCCCCAUCAAUAUCUGUCAGUGCACCAAGUAUUCCUGUUCCGCCUCCACCUGGAUCUCAAUUUACACCUCUCUCUGUUCCCCGGCCUUUUGUCCCACUUCCUGUCCCCCCACCAGCUAUGCCUAUUGUUCCACCUCCACCUCUGCCUCAAGGAAUGCCACCGCCUCCACCACCUGAAGAAGCACCUCCACCACUUCCUGAUGAACCAGAGCCAAAGAGGCAGAGGCUUGAUGAUUCAUUGCUUAUACCAGAAGACCAGUUUCUGGCUCAACAUUCGGGACCUGUACGCAUCACCAUAUCUGUUCCUCAUGUUGAUGAAGGUAAUCUCAAAGGACAGCUCCUGGAGAUUACAGUGCAGUCCUUAUCUGAAACUGUUGGCAGUCUGAAAGAGAAAAUCGCAGGGGAGGUCCAGCUUCCUGCAAACAAGCAGAAAUUGAGUGGAAAAGCUGGUUUUCUCAAGGACAAUAUGUCACUUGCCCAUUAUAAUGUUGGAUCAGGAGAAACACUAGCUCUUUCCGUAAGAGAACGUGGUGGCAGAAAGAGAUGAAAUGUCUCCUGUCAGUUAUUCAAAGGUUAAUGUUAGGACUAUAGUUUCUUUGAGAAUUCUAUAUAUGAAAUUGCAGACCUCUAAUUUUGGAUAUUGCUUAAGAGCUCAAAGUGGUCCUGUAUUUAACUUCCAGAACUGUUUCAUUUUGUCCAUUAGCCUGAUGCUCUCUUCUGAACAACAGGAAGUGGACACAUACAUUAAGCUUAGUUGAGCAAGUUAUGCCCUCUUUUGCAUAUGUGGUCGUCUCUGGAUCCCAUAAUGUUAUUGUCAUCUUGAUUAUUCUCUGAA